UGUCCCGGCGCCGGCCUGGCUUCCUGUCUAGUUGAGUAGUCUCGGUUCACCGACUCCCUCCUUUCCUCGCUUGUGGACUACAGCACGACCUUUCCUUAGAAGCACUGCUGACAGACUCUGAGACAUCCUCCAAAAACAUCUGGAGAAGAUGACACACUGGUUUCAUAGGAACCCAUUAAAAGCCACAGCACCUGUGUCUUUUAACUACUACAGUGUAAUCACUGGCCCUCCUGCUUCAAAAAUCUGCAAUGAGCUGAGAUCAUCCAGAGCAAGACUCCUUGAACUGUUCACUGAUUUAAGCUGUAAUCCAGAAAUGAUGAAGAAUGCAGCAGAUUUGUAUUUCUCACUUUUACAAGGUUUCAUAAAUUCAUUGGAUGGAUCUACUCAAGAAAGCAAGUUACGAUAUAUUCAGAAUUUCAAGUGGACUGAUACAUUACAAGGACAGGUUCCCAGUGCCCAGCAAGAUGCUGUGUUUGAAUUGAUUUCCAUGGGGUUUAAUGUAGCUUUAUGGUAUACCAAGUAUGCUUCAAGACUGGCUGGAAAAGAAAACAUAACAGAAGAAGAAGCAAAAGAUGUCCACCGAAGCCUGAAGAUUGCGGCUGGGAUUUUUAAGCACUUAAAGGAAAGUCAACUGCCAAAACUUAUCACACCUGCAGAAAAGGGAAGGGAUUUAGAGGCUCGGCUCCUAGAUGCGUAUAUUAUCCAGUGUCAGGCUGAGGCUCAAGAAGUAACAAUUGCUCGGGCAAUUGAAUUAAAACACGCGCCUGGACUAAUUGCUGCUUUGGCAUAUGAAACAGCCAAUUUCUAUCAAAAAGCUGAUCAUACUUUAUCCAGUUUGGAGCCUGCAUACUCUGCUAAAUGGAGAAAAUAUCUUCACUUGAAAAUGUGUUUCUACACAGCUUAUGCUUACUGUUACCAUGGUCAGACUUUGUUGGCUAGUGACAAAUGUGGUGAAGCAAUCAGGUCUCUACAAGAAGCAGAAAAACUUUAUGCAAAAGCAGAAGCACUGUGCAAAGAAUAUGGAGAAACCAAAGGACCUGGACCAACAGUCAAACCAUCGGGACACUUGUUCUUCAGGAAGCUUGGAAACCUUGUGAAGAAUACACUUGAAAAAUGUCAGAGAGAAAAUGGGUUUAUUUAUUUUCAAAAAAUUCCAUCUGAAGCUCCGCAGCUGGAACUCAAAGCAAAUUAUGGUCUUGUAGAACCUGUACCUUUUGAAUUUCCUCCUACAAGUACUCAGUGGACACCAGAGACGUUGGCUGCCUUUGACCUCACCAAGAGACCCAAGGAUGACAGUGCCAAACCCAAGUCAGAAGACGAUGUGAAACCUGUGAAAGAGCCAGAUAUCAAACCUCAGAAGGACACUGGGUGCUCCCUAUCCUAACAGACUCUAGAGAUAAGAUAGACACCGAGCUAGCAUGAACCAUGGAAUUCCACUCAGUUUUCUUGAGAUGAUUUCUUUGGAGCUUGUAGAGUAAUUAUUCCACUCAGAAGGAACCAGCCUUCGGUUUAUAUGUUCUUGAUUUUGAAUACAGUGGAGAAGUUUC